AUGAGUUUCAAUUGUAGGUACGGUUUUAUACAUCAGUUCUGUAAAUUAGGUUAAAAUCGAGGAUCGAUCAAACCUAGGAAUCAUGAUUGGUAUUUCAAGAGGAGACAUCGGUUGGCCAUUAAACCUCCACAUGCAGAUCUCUGAACUAAGAAUCAUUUGCGGGUCAUUAAACCUCCACUCCUAGAUGAUAGGAAUUACGAAACGCAGGAUAAAGAGAGCUUUUCUCAAGAACAUUUAAGAAAAAAUUGAUUUGGAUAUAUACAUAUCUAUUUAUGUCACAAAGAGAAGAAGAAAAAUAUAAUCUAAGAACACGAUUUGUUUAUACGGACCUAUGAAAUUUUUGGAAUAUUCCAUUAAUAUAAAAGUAGAUUGAUGAGGAGACCAGUAUGAAUGAAAUACUCACAAGGUAUAAGAAUCCUUCAGAGGCUUUAGCAAUUUCCCUCGUUCUCCCUUUCUGUGUGGAAGGUGUUGUGUGAAACACCUGCAUACCGUAGAGUUUUGCAUUGGGUGACAUAUUAUUGAAGGAAUAAAAUAGAUAUUAAACAUCAUGGGGAGAAAAGUAGUAAAAUGUUUAACAUUUUCAACUUAUCAUAAUAGAUUUUUGACUACGAAUCAUAAAAUGAUUUUCCAUACGACAAUCAAUGAAUUAUAAAAGAUAUAUAUAAGACAGUUUGUCAUCUCCCCGUCAUUUUACAGGACUUUUAGAACAUUAGUAUAGAGAGUCCCGACAAGAGCAUGAUGUAAAUGAUAGAGAAACCAAACGUGUACCAUCUCAAUCUUUUUUGUCUUAGCUUCCUUCCGUAAAAUUUCAGCCUCUUCAAGAGGAAGGUCUGGGACAAUCAGUCCUGAAAAAAUAUGUAUUAACAUCUCAGUCUUCAAAUAAAAUAUGAAAAGAUGCAUGACACAGUCUCGAACUGUAAUAAACUCUCCCGAGGAAUAAAGUAUUAAUUAUAAAAUUAUUUAUUAAGUACCAUAGUGCACCAUUUGAGGAAAAACUUCACUUUUCUUUUGGCAAAUUGCUUUUGCACAUCGAUGAAAUCUUCUCGCCAUAAAAACUCAAAUCGUGUUUUAAAAUAUUCCAGUAACGCAUUUUAUUCAUUUUUCCACGUAUAAAAUUGCAAUAGGCCCCCAUGAUGCCAAGAUGCAUUCGUAUGACAUCGAUGACUUUCAAGCAUAAUCAAAUACUAAUUGGGGCUACUAUGGACGAGAGUAUAUGUUUACCGCGUGCACCAACUUCAUUCAUAGCGGCCAAGAACUUUGAGACUCCGUACUCUAGAACCGGAUGGAAAUAUGAGAGUACCGUGAUUGGACAAGAUAGUUCAGGAACAACCUGUAACGGAUGAGACGGUGGCGUCUUUCACAAAAUUAUCAUAUUCUUACCAGAGUCGGAAAGAGUUAGAUAGGAAGAAAGAUAGAGAGAGAGAGAGAGAGAGAGAGAGAGAGAGAGAGAGACGAUACAAGAGCGUGGCGCCGAUUCCAUGUCCUACCUCGCUAA